AUGGAGAUAGAGACGGCGAGCCGGCCGCCAGCAUGCGCUUUGAGCUUGCAGAUACGCAACUCAGGGCGAGAGGUUGCGGAAACAACGGGGCUGGUCCAGGAUAUGGAGAGUAAGAAGGCUUUACGCUUUACGGAGAAGGUGAAAGAGGCCACUCAUGAGGAUGAGAGGCCAGAGAGGAGCAGCCAAAGCAUCGCCGGGGAGUUGAAGGAGGGCAUGCCGACCUCCAGCAAGGCCUACCUGUCUCAUGUUUCUCCCACAGACGAGAAGACUUACCGCGAUGUGCUGCGGUGGUUUACGGACACUGACGCCAUCGAUCAGUCGGACUUACGCCGUUUCUUAGAGUCUGUUGGGUUCAAGCCCAGGAACAAGCCGGAGAGAGAGGUCAUGAACAACUUGUUGCGCAAUCUGGACAGCCUGGACAUCGGCUUCGAUGUUCUCUUCGGGGAGAUCAUCCCAGCUGUGCGCUUGGGCUUUGCAGAGAUUCGGUCCCAGGACUUGGUGAAGCGUUUCCAUGAGGCUGACGUGGACAAGAGCGGCGUGCUCUCCCUGAUCGAAUUCCUCCAGAUCCUGCGCUGGUCGGGAUUCUUCCCUCGGCUCCACCUUGUUGUCCAGGCAGUCCUCGAGGUGAUCCCAGAGGUCGCCGAGAUGCACCAAGGCCUUUCUCCACAGGCACUUUUGGAGAAGGAUGUCAUUAUGCCGAAGGAGUUCCACAUCCUCGCCCCCCUCUUAGAGGAGCGAGCGGAGUGCGACUCUGUUCAGCGUCGUGUCGAGAUAUCCGACAGCAUGGACCUCGACGAAGAAACGCAGAAGCUUUGGGGAUCGAGCCUGGUCGACCUACACGACGUCUUCCUGCGCCGCGCGAAGCAGGACCUUCUUCCCUACACGUCUCUGCACCACUUGGCCUUCGAUUGCGGCCUCGUGCAACAUCGUGCGCCCGGUUUUCGGGAAAAGCUCCGCAGCAUCGCAGCGGGUGAAGUAAGUCCUCAGAUGAUGGAAGAAGGCUACGACCUCCAUGAUCCCAAUGCUGUGGAACGUGCCCACUUCGACUUCCGCCAGGUCCUACGCAUCAUGACGCAGAUUCGCCAGAUUGAAGUCGAGCUUAUCGGGGACGUCUUCGCCGCCACCGACGCCGACGAGACGAAUGGCCUCAGUGUGGAGGAGUGCAUGGACUGCCUAGCUGCAUGCGGCAUCGAGCCCACGACCAAGCAGAUGCAAGAUCUCAUCCCCAGGUUGGUCGAAGAGUUCGACGAAGACGGCUCCGGGGAGCUCGAUCUUGAAGAGUACCUCGAGUUUGCGAAGUUUGUGGCCGACCGCAUCCGCAAGAUGCAGCAUGUGGGCUACAUGGAUGAGGCUCAGCGCAUGGGUUACGGCGAGGAGGAGUACAUGCGGCUCUGGGAUGCCUUCGUAGCAGCGGAUGAGAACAUGGAUUCCCACCUCGAAGAGGAAGAACUCCUGGUUGCCGUGCAACAAGCUCGACCAGAGGCCGAAAUCAACUCCAGCGACAUCCGUGCCAUACUGAAGGAUCAAGGCAUCGGAUACUGGAAGCAGGAAGUGAAGAUGACCAUGCAUGACUUCUUGACGAUCAUGAAGGCUUUACGGGCAAGAUUCCCGGACCUCGUUGUUGCGGCCUACGCCAUGGGGAACGCGCAGUGCUGCCAUUCCUCCGACACCAGCCCAGAUGCUGCUGCCGAAGCCAUGCCGGCCAUGGAGUCCUGGCCAGCCAACCUUGGCAAGUCAGCGCUCGAUGUGCCCACCGUGUCCGGCGGCAACACAGCACAGGAACGCACCUACAAAGUCGUCCUGGAGAAGAAAGAAGGCCAGAAGUUGGGUCUUGAUGUGGACUACAUGGCAGAGCGCAGUGUGCUUCCAAUCUUGGUCGUCUCUGGUGGGAUCGCCGAGAUGUGGAACAAGCAGCACCCUGAGAGGAAGAUGAACACAGGCGACAGCAUCACGGAAGUCAACGGCAUGAAGGGCAAUGUCAAGCUUAUGCUUGAGAAAUGCAAGGCAGACCAAACCCUGGAGAUGACCGUCGUCCGAUGUCUAACCUAUGGACAUUUGGUAGCUGACUUGGAAAAGUUGAUGCUCGUGAAGGGUUGCGGCCCGAUCAUGAUCCGCUUAUCCUGGCACGAUGCCGGUGUUCACAAUGGUGUGGACGGCUGCCCGAAUGCCGCAAUGCGACUUGCUGGUGGGGGCGAACAUGCCUUCGGGGCAAACGCUGGAUUGCCACAAGUAGCCAUCCCGCUUCUUCAGGCCAUCAGUGACAAGUACGUGCCGCAGCUCAUCUCCCAUUCAGACCUCUGGGCGCUUGCAGCGAAUGUGGCCAUCAAGGUCAUGGGAGGACCUGACAUCGUCACGCACUUCGGCCGCAUCGAUGCUCAGUCUCCCGCUCAGGGGGCGAACUCUGCUGCGGGGCGACUUCCGGAUGGUGACAAAGACGCCCAGCACCUUCGUGACAUUUUCCGGCCCAAGGGCUUCACUGACAAGGACAUCGUUGCACUGUCCGGUGCACACACGGUUGGGGCCUGCCAUGCGGAGCGUUCUGGCUUUGAAGGGCCUUGGACAUCUGACAAGCUGAAAUUCGACAACACCUAUUUCCGGGAUCUGCUGAACAAGACCUGGACGAUGGAGACCGUCAAGUCGGGAAACAAGCAGUACCGGUCGGGCAAGGAGAUGAUGCUGACAACCGACAUGGCCCUUGUUGAAGAUCCGGCGUUCAAGGAGCAUACCCUCAAGUAUGCCUCAAACCAGGGUGCCUUCUUUGACGAUUUCAAGGAGGCCUGGAUAAAGCUACAGGAGCUUGGGUGCGGUCAGUUGCGGGACAUCCUCUGA